AUGUUCAAGAACUGCACAAGUGCUUUUAUAGCCGCAGCCGUUAUUCUGAUCGAAGAGCUCGCGAAUAAAGUCGCCAUUGUUACUGGAGCAUCGACGGGAAUAGGCGAAGAAAUUGCUUAUCUGUAUUGCCAGUCUGGAGCAUCGGUAUUCAUUAUUUCCAGAAGGCAACAUGUGCUGGAAAAGGUGGCGAAGCGAUGUCUGGAGCUGGGCGGGAGACAAGUGGCAGUGUACGCAGCCGACAUGGGAGUUGACGAAGACAUCCAAGCAAUACCUCAAGUUUUCAAGAAGCACUUUCCCGAAUCUCUCGUCGAUCAUUUGAUACUUAAUCAUAAAUUAGAAAACCAGAUCGGCAGUUGGAGGGGAACAGCGGAAAACUUGACCCAGCUUUAUAAUAUUAUCAAUGUAAACUUUUACGGAUACGUCAAAAUUGCUUCUCUGAUGCGACCAUUUCUGGAGCAGUCGGCGGGCAGUAUUGGUGUUGUGUCUUCCGCUAGCGGUCGCUCUAAUUCGCCUUACAUAAUUUCUUAUUCCUCAUCCAAACAUGCGCUGGAUGGAUUUUUUGCCGGCUGGCGCUUGGAGUUGGAGGCCGAGCGAUCAAAUGUUUCGAUAACAUACUGCACACUGGGGCUAAUAGAAACUGAAAACAUGCGAAAGGAAAUCAACAACUUCCGGUUCGAGAACUUCAACCUGAUGAGUGCCGUCAGUGCCAAAGACACCGCAACAGCCAUAGUUAUGGCCACUGUUCGUAGAUAUCGUGAACUAUAUUUCCCAUGGUUCGAGACCAAAAUACCGCUAUUAUUCCGUUACUGGUUCCCCGUUACGCUUGAUAAGAUAACGGCGUUUUUAUUAAAAGCAAAACAGUAGCCUGUUCAUACGGAUCUUGAACGUUUUUCAAACUUCAUGUAUUUGUACUCGUAUUGUAACUUGCAAGACUGGUUGGCGCUGUAACAGUGUUAAUUGUUACCACUUUGCAGCCAUUCUUCGUACGUUAAUUUGAUCCAAAAUAUUUCUCUCUUGUGAUUAUACGAGUAUCAAUACGCUG